AUGCCUUCGACAUCCUCUGGGCAGCGCGCCUCUUGGAGCGCUGGCCCUUGGCACACUGGCGCUUCUGGCGACUCUGGCGAUUCUGGCCAAGACUCUGAAAGCCAAACAUUAAUUACCACAGGAGACGGAGCAAGCGCGGGGCCUUCGACCUCUACUGCAAGCGAAAGCUUCCCUGCACAAGCAGCAGGAGGACCAGCUCACGGGGGAAAGCGCAGUCGGCGGCAUCGAACUCUGCUCCGGCUUGGAGAUGUGAACUCUCCUCACUACUUGAACUUGACGAGCGCACCCGACUGGCGGAGGCUUAAAUGGGAAUGGUCUCGGUUUCGCUGCAGCAAGUUUUUGUUUCGCACACGACGGAAUGUUCAAAACAAAGCACCUACCCGACCGCUCUAUCCCGUCUGGGAAGAUUCAUGUCGUCUAGCAACUGUUCCUAUCGACAUGUGCUUUAAGCGUGACGUAUCGUUAGUAGCUGAGGAAAUGGCGAGUAUUUGUUUGGAGGAGGCCGAAAAGGGUAUUCGUGCGUUCAAUACGGUAGCUUGA